ACUCAAAAACCCAAUACGAAAACGAAAUAAAAGUCUCAACCUUUAACCAUCAAGAUCAAGGCUCUUCCUUUGUUUUUGGCUGCUGUGUGAUCUGAUGACAGAUAUGAAGAAGAAGCCAUAACUUGUCUCUGGGUUCCCGAUUUUAUCCUAGAUGGGUGAUGUUUCGGCUCCGGAUUUGAUAAGUGAUUUGCCUCAAAGCAUUGUAGAAAGUAUCCUCACGCGUUUACCCAUUCGAGAUGCUGUUAGAACUAGCAUUUUAUCGAGUAGAUGGAGGUAUAAAUGGGCAACGCUUACUCAACUUUUAUUUGAUGAAAAGUGUGUGAUUUCAUCAAAUGAUCGGUGUAAAGUCGAGGAUAGUCUUGUUAAGUUCAUCACUCGAACUCUUUUUCUGCACCAAGGGCCGAUUCAUAAGUUCCAGCUCACGACUUCGCACUUGCAGUGCUGCCCGGAUAUCGACCAAUGGUUACUUUUCCUUUCGAGGAAUGACAUCAAGGAGUUGGUUCUUGAAUUGGGAGAAGGAGAGUGGUUUAGGGUUCCUUCAUGUCUUUUUAACUGUAAAAAGCUGACCCGUCUGGAUCUUUUCCGUUGCGAAUUUGAUCCGCCGCCUAGUUUUAAAGGGUUCUUGUGCUUGAAGAGUCUUAAUCUUCACCAGGUUUUAGUUUCCCCUGAGGCAAUUGAAAGUCUUAUAUCUAGUUGCCCUCUUCUCGAAAGCUUAGCAUUGUCGUACUUUGAUAGUCUAGCGCUUACCAUCAUUGCUCCGAAUCUCAAGUAUUUGUGUCUGGAAGGUGAAUUCAAAGACAUUUGUCUCGAAAAUACCCCACUUUUAGUUGCAAUGUCGGUUGCCAUGUAUAUGACUGAUGACAUAGCUGAACACUUUGAGCAAAGCUCAAGCUGCAACUUUAACAGGUUUCUUGGCAGUGUGCCUCGUCUUGAGAGGCUAAUCGGGCAUAUAUACUUCACGAAGUAUUUGAGCAUAGGUGAUGACCUUGGAAGACUUCCUGUUACAUAUGUACAUCUGAAGGUAGUUGAAUUGAAUCAAGUAAGUUUCGAAGAUAUGAAGGAGAUACUCGUUGUUCUUCGCUUGAUUACUAACUCUCCUAAUUUGAGGGAACUUCAGAUUUCGGGUUCCUCGAACACAUUAGCUACUAUAGAUGCACCUGAUUUGGAUUUUUGGGAUGAUGAACGCCCUUCGGAUUGCACAUUCAAACAACUCAAACUUGUGAAGAUGACGGAUAUGUCCGGUGUGCCUCAUGAGAUGGAGUUCAUCAAAUUUCUUCUUGCAAAUUCGCCAGUGCUCGAGAUGAUGAGUAUCUCACCUUGUGUAUAUGUCAUGGAUGGAAGACUGAAUAUGUUAAUCGAGCUGUUGAGGUUUAGACGAGCCUCGGCUCAAGCAGAAAUUUUAUUCAUUCAAGAUUAAUAAAUUAUUUGUCUGUUAAUCGAUUUACUAAUUUCUCGUCUUUCUUUCGAAAUCACAAACAGUUGGGCAACCAAAUGCAUAUCUCUGUAAAAUAUUCUUUUGCAAUGUGAAUAAUAACAUUACUGAA